AUGAGAGCUUAUUUGAGGAACCAAACUACAAGAGAAUCAAACCCUCCUGAACAGGAUCUACACACAGGUCUACAUCAUGAGGGAGAGAACGAAGGGGUGAAUGAAGAACAUGAGAUCAAUGUGAGAAAUAAGAAGUAUGAUGAGAGUAAUCCAGAAAAACUCCUGUCGUCUAACAGAGAAGUGAUCGUGAAACUUGCUGAACUGGCCUUCAGACAGCUGAUGAAAGGCAAUGUGAUAUUCUAUGAGGAGGACCUGAUAGAGAGUGGCAUAGACCUUGCAGAGACCGCAGUGUAUUCUGGGAUUUGCACUGAGAUCAUUAAGAAGGAAUCCGUCAUUUGUCAGAAGAAAGUCUACUGCUUUGUACAUCUAAGCUUUCAGGAGUUUCUGGCUGCUUUCUAUGUGUUUUAUAUCUAUAAAUACAACGCCACAGAGAAAAGCAGAAGGAGACUGAUACCAGCUGUAAUUAACUGCAAAAAAGCUCUGCUUGCUGGUUGUAAUCUUACGGAUCAGUCCUGUGAAAUUGUGAUCUCAGCUCUCAAAUCAUCAGGGUCCCCUUUGAGAGAGCUGGACCUAAGUGACAAUGACCUGCAAGAUCCAGGAGUAAAGCGGCUCUCUGAUGGACUGAAGAACCCAAACUGCUGCUUGGAGAUACUAAGAUUGUCAGGCUGUAUGGUAACAGAGAAAGGCUGUGAUUAUCUGGCUUUAGCUAUAAAUUCAAACCCCUCACACCUGAUUGAGCUGGACCUGAGCUACAAUCACCCAGGAGAUUCAGGAGUGAAGCUGCUCUCAGAGAAAUUGGAGGACCCCAACUGCAGUCUGAAGAAACUCAAUUUGAGCCAUGGAGAUUCUAUUAGGAUCAAACCGGGAUUGCGAAAAUAUGCCUGUGAUCUCACACUUGACCUAAACACUGCAAACUCUCAUCUCAUCUUGUCUGAGAAUAACAGAAAAGUGACAUGUGUAGAGGAGGAACAGUCAUAUCCUGAUCGUCCAGAGAGAUUUAACUACUGGCAUCAGGUUCUGAGCAGAGAGAGUCUGGCUGGACGCUGUUACUGGGAAGUUGAAUGUAGCGGGAAGAGAGACUGUAUAUCAGUUACAUACGAAGGAAUCAGCAGGAAAGAUGCAAGUAAAGACUGUUAUUUUGGAUACAAUGAGAAGUCCUGGGCUCUAAACUGCUCGAAUUACACAUACACUGUAUGUCACAAUGAUAAAGAAACUGUCCUUAAGGUCCUUUCACCCCCUUCUAACAGAAUAGGAGUUUAUCUGGACAUUUUAGCUGGAACUCUGUCUUUCUACAUUGUCUCUGACACACACACACUCACACACUUACACACAUUCAGCACUACAUUCACUGAACCUGUCUAUGUUGGAUUAGGGACUUAUGAAUCAGUGUCUUUUGUUAAAUUGUAAAGUACAUUUUACAGUCUAGAGUUUAUAAUAAUGAUGGCUGGAGGUGAUGAUUAGGCUGAAACCAGCACAGGUUUACCUAACCUUAUUUUAUUUGUUAUACCGAAGAGAUUCAAAUAGAAGAAGAAUAGGUAUUUUAAAUGGUAAUAUUUUAGAAUUGUACUGUUUUUGCUGUACUUUGGAUCAAAGAAACGCAGGCACACGUUGAGCUGAAGAAACCUAUUUAAAAAAACAUUAACAAUCUUUCUAGUCAAAAAGUUGUGACAGGUGGUUUUUGUUUAACUCAUUUCCUGAAAUGAUAAUCCCAGGACAGUUUCCUCUCAAGAGUGACAAAUGCUUCCAAAUACUUCCAGCAUGAUAUUUAUGUGUUUUGGUGCUUUGUUAACGCCUACAACCACCACAGCCCUAAUCAAAUGGAAACUGUUUUUGGCUCCGCUAGCCAGUUAUCUAAAUGCUAAUUCCUACUUAUCCAUCAAAUAUCCAUCAAGUUCUUAUGUGAUCAGUGCAUUACCACAGAUUGCACUAGGAAUGGUGGUAUAUUCAUUUAUAAAACUCUCUGUAGAUUUCUCUCAGAGAAAUUGGAGGACCCCAACUGCAGACCGAAGAAACUCAAGUAUGUUGAAUAUUUAUGCUGUGAAAUCACUCAUUCCUGACUACUUAUGUGAUGUUUUUUUUUCUUGCACAUUUUAGUUUUUCACCAAUAUUAUUAUUUAUAUUAUUGUGAAUGUCCGUUGACUAUCAAAAAGUCAUAAAUAUCAAAAACUAGCAACUGAGUCCAACAUUGUACUGGCAUCAGCUGUCACCUGUCAUUCCCAUGUCAUCUAUAGCUUC